AAAACUCUUUUUUUAAGCUUAAAUCAUAAAAUCAGGCAAACAAACCCAAAAUUUUGACACUAAAUAUUGACGAAAUAAAAGGAAGAGAAAGAAUCACUUCUACCUCUCUGUCUCUUCAUCUUUCUCUGUCUUGCUUCUCUGCUUUUCUUUAGCUCUCUUCCUUCUUUGCUUCGUAGCAAAGAAGAGAAGAGAGAAAGGUUCUGUAUUUUCUUUCUAGCGUAGAUACAUAAAUAUUAUAUUUUUGUUUGUAUUCUAGCUGUUGUUGGAUUGUUGGUUUGGAGAAGAAAGAGAAAGAUGCUGGUUGCUAACUGUUUUGAUCUAUGGCAAAAGGACACCUUUUUCUCAGCAGCUGAAGAGGUUCAAGAAUCUGCAGAUAUAAUGGAAUCGGUUUACCGGAAAUGGGUUCGAGAGAGGAGAGAAGGGGUAGCACCUGAAGAUUUGUAUGAACUUAGCAGGGAGCUUCAAACUGCUUUAGGUACUGCAAAAUGGCAGCUUGAAGAGUUUGAAAGGGCUGUUAUGCUGAGCUACAAAAAUCGUGGUAAUGAUAUUACAACAACCAGGCAUAGGCAAUUUGUCGUUGCCAUAGAAAACCAAAUUUCCCGUGUUGGUGCAGCACUAAAGGAAUCUUUCGAGGAUGAACAUAAGCAACCCCUUCGAUGGGUGACUUUAGAUGAAGAAGAGUGUGACGACUUAGCUGCAUUUCUCACUGGAACUCCCCGCUCCUCGCAAAGUAUGAAGGCUGAAUGUCCCAAGCUUGGUGCAUUGACAAGAAGCCAUCUUCAAGAGAAACAAUGCACCAAAAAUGAGUUGGAUCUUAGUACUAAGGUUGCCUCCAAGCGCGAUAUUUAUAAUCGAAUAAAGGGGUUUAAUGAUGCUGCUGCUAGUAAUAUGGAAGCUAACCAUGUCAUAGAACUAGAAGCAAAAAAAAGUCACGGGAUAGUGGAUGAUAUUAGUUGUCAAGCUGAUAGACCAAUCGGAACAAGAAGAACACGGACCUCACCAGGCAUUGGUGCUCUGGAGAUUGUCAUUGAUGAUGAAGAUGAACAACAGAAAGCUUUAACAUUAAACAUUGAAGCAACGCCCAAAGAAAAGGGGUUCAAACCUGUAUUUUGGAAGCUACGGAGUGGAGCUCAUCCUCAAGCAAAGGGAGGAAUAUUGAGUUACACCCAGUUGAGAGGGAUUAAUUCGAUCAGUCAGCUUUUUGGAAGGGCUGGUGGAAGUCAGAGACAACUACAAAUCCCGAUACACUUUCUGCUCAGUCGUUCUAUUCAACUUAUGCUUGCUAUGAUGCUAACUGUUUUUCUGAUCAUGCCUUUUGUACUUUAUUCAACUUGAGAGAAAGUUGUAUUUUACUGGAUCAUGAUCAAGAAGAGAGGUGCUGGGGUGGUGUUCACACUGCAGAAAUAUGCCAAGGAGGAACUUCUUCAACUGUAGAAGUCUUUAAUUUAGAGUAGUUUGUUUCCCGAAGUGGGCUAAACAACCUCUCUGAACUCAAGGAAUGCUACUUGCCGCAGGAAGAUUGCAUUGUUUUCACUCUAAACGCACAUUUCCCCCCAGGAUUAAAGAAAAGGGUCAAAAAAUAUAUGGUAGUAAUGAACUCUAAAUUGGAAGGCUUCAUAAGAUACUAAACAUCAUAGAGCAAGUUUCAUUGUGGCGUGUUUGAAAGCCAAAUUCACGGUCAUAUGUGUGGUUGUCACAAAAUCUACAUUCUAUAUUUCGAACAUGUAAUGGCAAAAGGGUUCGUGGGUUUGCUUCGUAUAUUUGUGCACUAAAUAUUCUGUAUUAUUGCUCUUCCUGUUUUUCACCCUUCUCUUUUUCUUCCAAGGAAAACAAUGAACUUAUACGGUAAAUUGCUUGAUGGUCUGUCAUCAUUCUUAGGGUAACUGUUGAUCUCUCUUGAUUCUUCAAUACUGUUUUGAGUAAUAGGAAGUUGUCAAACUUAUGUUCAAAAUGAGGGUGUUGUCCCUUAUGGGGGUUUGAAGUGAGGAUCACCUUAUGAAGGAAUGGUGUGAAGCUUAUUUUGAUGGUGAUAUCAAAGUUGGU